AGCCAAGCAGGAAAGCUAAAAGAGACAAGCAUGGCGCAGGUGGCUUGAAUUUACCUAGGGUACCUUAUCAAAGUCUUCCUAUAGCAUUGAUCAUUCGUCAUCGACGCUAUUUCUUCCAAUCGCCAACCUCUUGAGCCACAUUAGUUAUUCAUUAUUUUGAUUUUUUCCCAAUCCUCGCUCUUUAACAUUUCUGAAAGAGAAUUCCACCCGACAUCACGUACAAAUCCAAAAUCAUUGGGAAUAGCAGCCAAUCUCUUUCUCUUUUUGGCCAUACCCAAACCACAGGGAUUCAGUAGGUGAAUUGAUCACCUCACUACCUACCUACUUUUUAUACACUUAACUAUACUAGGUACCUCUACUCAUCAUCAUUCGUUGACCACUGUCCUUACUGCAUCACCAUCUGAUUGCCCUAUUUGGGUUGCUCGAUCGAAAGAUACCCGCAAAGACGCGAACAUAUCCACACCCCUAGUAACACAAAGAGCGAGAUAUAUUCUGCGUACGUAGCACAUUUUAUAAAGAUUGAUAUUGUCUCAAAUAUUGCCCGGACAAAUAGUGUGCCUCGAUUCCGCUUCUACAGUCGGAAUUCCGAAAAAGCAUGGGAAACGAUGGUAUCCUUCGAGUUCGCACAGCUGUUCUUGGUAUAUUUAGAGCUAUCUUCCUCUCGCUUGGGCUAGCCUUUGCCGCCCCGACCUCCCCCUUACACCUUUACAAAGUCCCCGAAAGUCCACCUCAAGCCGAAGAUGGCGCGCUUUGGGUUCUCUAUGUUGCGUCCAUGAUCCUUGUGCUUUCGGGCGGUGCCUUUGCCGGAUUGACUAUAGCCCUUAUGGGACAAGAUGAGAUCUACUUGCAAGUAAUAUCCCUCGACGCCGAAGAGCCUCAACGAAAGAACGCCAAGCGUGUCUACGAUCUUCUCAAGAAGGGCAAACAUUGGGUGCUAGUAACACUACUGCUUUCAAACGUCAUUGUCAACGAAACUCUACCCGUUGUUUUAGAUAGAUGCUUUGGCGGCGGCGUCGCAGCUGUUGUGGGGAGUACUAUUCUAAUUGUUAUCUUUGGCGAAAUCUUACCGCAAUCCAUAUGCGUUCGUUAUGGUCUUCAAAUCGGUGGAUACAUGUCCACGCCCGUCCUCCUUCUCAUGUACCUGAUGGCCCCUGUUGCCUGGCCCACUGCAAAGCUCCUCGAUUGGCUCCUAGGCGAAGAUCACGGUACUGUAUACAAGAAGAGCGGUUUAAAGACUCUGGUCACACUUCAUAAGUCGUUGGGUGAAGUUGAUGAACGUUUAAACCAGGACGAGGUAACCAUAAUAAGUGCCGUUCUGGACCUUAAACGCAAAGCCGUCGAGGAGGUCAUGACCCCUAUGGAUGACGUCUUUGUUAUGUCCGAGGAUACCGUAUUAGAUGAGAAGACUAUUGAUCAGAUCCUCCAGGCCGGUUAUUCUCGUAUUCCUAUUUAUCAGACUGGGAACCCUACAAAUUUUGUCGGUAUGCUGUUGGUCAAGAUUCUCAUUACGUAUGAUCCUGAGGAUGGUAAACGCGUCAAAGACUUUGCCCUUGCUACCCUUCCCGAGACCCGCCCGGAGACUAGCUGUCUGGAUAUAAUCAACUUCUUCCAAGAGGGAAAGUCCCACAUGGUGCUCAUUUCGGAGUCGCCUGGCGAGGAUCACGGCGCCCUUGGAGUGGUAACGCUCGAGGAUGUCAUCGAGGAGCUUAUCGGAGAGGAAAUUAUUGACGAGUCAGAUGUAUACGUUGACGUUCAUAAAGCUAUCCGUAGAACUCACCCUGCGCCCAAGGCUUGGGCUUUGAGGAAGGAAAUGAUGAACAGAGACCUUAUGAACAAAGACCUGGAAGCCAGAAAUGGCACACUCAUUGACAUAGAAGAAGACAUGAAGCGAGUUAUGCCUAAGCGAACUGCAUCAGUCAGUAGCAGGACCGAUGUGUCUGGUCUCAGUACUAGCCCGAGGAUGACAACUCUACUAAUGCGCAGACGCUCGGCUGGCCAGGACGGACAACUGGUGCACACUACGGUACCGGUCAAGACGAACAUUGAAGAUAUUAGGGAUCACUUCAAACAUCUUGGCCCAUCCAACCCAGCGUCCAAUCCUAAGAGCACCCGAGUUUCGGCAGUUAAGAUCAAGCAGGCAGCAACGGCAGCCUCUGGCACACAGCAACGAGUACAACCUGCUGCAAGGAUCGAUUCGGCCGAUGAUAUAAUAACCGUUAUAGACGAGCACACAAGCCUUCUCGGACCUGCCAAGGACGGCAUCCAAGCCCUUCAGCAGAAUUAUACCGAACCGCCUUCCGCUACUAACUCUAUUGCUUCGCCCAAGCUCGUGACUACGAUUGAGGACGAGUUUUCGGAACAUAUGACUCGAGGUACACAGACCAAGCUCAGUGCGGUGCCCGAAGCAGCGAUUUCGCCAUCGCAAGGUUCCGCCACCGACAGUGGAGAGAGUGUCCAGGAUAUUAUCGGGCGACGAAGAGGCCACGUGCGUAGUGGUAGCAUAACAGAAAAUAUUAUUGAAUCCGGUGGUAUCCGCAAAGUGGUCCUAGAGGCAAAUAGCAGUUUGUCAGAGGCCGAUGAAGAACGGGCCUCCACGAUAGCCGGGCCUUCUGAAGGGGAGGGCACAUCUUCAGCCCCCAAGGACAAAAAGAAGAAAAAGAAGAAUAAUCGUCGCAAGAACAGAAAAGGCGGGGAGUGAAGUGGUUUUAUCAGCGUAACAUGGAUACAACCAGGGAGAGGAUCGGCAAUACGGUACGAUUAAUGCAGCUUCAUACAGCUGUGUCCACAGGCUCGCCUAUGAGUACACGUUUAUUGAUGCGGUCUUAGGACCGGAGCGGCGAUACAUGACUGGAUGUUCAUGAGAAUAUAUGUUCAUUAAGCCUGAUGUGUGUAAGAGUACGAUUUAAGUACUACGAUAGCCUCUAUGAGGGAUGCAGUAUUAAUUUAUAUGAAAAAAAAAAGAAGUUGUUGGUUAUACUAAAUACUCCAUGUCCUGAUAUGUAUAGCGGCUUACAUCAUUUUAUUGCAUAUUCCCUUGAUACAACACCAGUCUCUUGACUCUCUUCCCCUCAACACCUACAUAUUAUGUGUAACAUUGAAGUCAGGUGGCGGUACAUGGGGUUUGCUCCUAAAGUGGGAUAAUAGGGAUAUAAAGGUUCAUGAUCUUGGAGGUGCUGGGCCAAAGUGGGAUGGAUGUCUUCUUGGAUGAAUAAGUAUUCCCCCACUCUUGUUGGAAAUCCCAUGUUAUAGGUAUCUACCCACGUAGUAUUAUAUUGCACAUGUGGAUGAAAGAAGGAUGAGGCA